AAACCAGCCAGGCAGCAAAUCGAAGGAGGAGAAGCUGUCCUAGGUGCCUCAGCUCAGCUCCACACUCUGCCAUGGGGGUCCCCAGAGCCAUUCUGCUCUGCUUCUUUGUGGCUGUGCUCUGCCUGACAGGGUCCAGAGCCCUGCAGUGCUACAGCUUUGAGCACACCUAUUUCGGCCCCUUUGACCUCAGUGCCAUGAAGCUCCCCAGCAUCUUCUGUCCCUAUGGAUGCUCUGAGGCCAUCCUGUCCCUGGACACUGGGUAUCGCGCCCCGGUGACCAUGGUGCAGAAGGGCUGCUGGACGGGCCCGCCUACGGGCCAGAUGCAGUCCAACCAGGACGCGCUGCCGCCCGACUUCUCGGUGGUGCGCGGCUGCGCGUCUGACUGGUGCAACGCCAACUUCGUUACCCACGACUCCAUCCCCAACCUGAGCCAAGCACCCGACCCACAGACGCUCAGCGGCACUGAAUGCUACGCUUGCGUGGGGGUCCUCCCGGAGGACUGCGCCCCCGAAAAGUCCCGACGGGUCCAGUGUCACCAGGGCCAAAAUGUCUGCUUCCAGGGCAAUGGCAGAAUGGCAAUCGGCAACUUCUCAGUCCCUGUGUACAUCAGAACCUGCCACCGACCCUCCUGCACCACUGCGGGCACCACAAGCCCCUGGACAGACAUCGACCUCCAGGGUUCCUGCUGUGAGGGGAACCUCUGCAACCGGGAUUCAGUGACCCAGUCCUUCACCACCGCCUCAGCCACCGUCCCUUCCCUGGCGCCCCAGGUCAUGGCGCUGCUCCUCACCGUUCUGCUGGCAGGGCUUUCUGUAUAGACUGCCCCUCCAGGAGACUGGGAGGCAGGGUCGCACACGCUUCAGGCCUUUCUCCUCCACUCUUCAGCUCCUACCCAUUUUACUAGAAAAUGACGUCAAAACAAGUGUUGCGCUCCUGUCCCUCUGGUUCUCCAUCUGCCUCUUACUCCUACUUCCUGACCAUCACCCUUCCCCUCCCUAGUCAGCAGGCCUGGAAAAAACUGGACACAGUCACUAGCAUCCCGGGAUAAAGAGAAACAGAUGCAUUCUGCUCCACAUGAAGAGCAAUUCUUUUUUUUUUUUUUUUUUUUUUGGCAGAGUCUCUUUUUUUUGUCGCCCUGGGUAGAGUGCUAUGGCAUCAUAGCUAAUAGCAAUCUCAAACUCUUGGGCUUGAGCAAUCUUCUUGCUUCAGCCUCCCAAGUAGCUGGGACUACAGGCACCCAACACAACGCCUGGCUAAUUUUUUCUACUUUUAGUAGAGACGGGGGUCUCACUCUUGCUCAGGGUGGUUGAAGAGCAAUUCUAACAAGAACUGUUACUCGCUGAGCACCAGCCAGGCAGCAGGCAGCCCAGCAGGACUCCCUGUGCUCUCCCUCCGGAUCCUGAUUAUGGCUCUAGGAGGCCGCUAGGGGGGCGUCUUUACCGGUAUAUUAUUAAUAUCACUGGAGGCACCAAAAGCAGAAUAUGCUAACACAUGCCCAGACUCUGGAGCUGUACUGAGUGGACUUUAAUCCCAGCUCUCCUAUUCAGCCUGUAGGUGACCACAGGCAAGUUAUUUAAGCUCUCUGUGCCUGUGUUUCUUUACCUAUAAAGUGGAGGAGAAAACAAACUCUAUAACAAGAAGGCCUGCUUCACAGAGGUUGGGAAUGAGGAUUUAAUGAGAUGAACCUAUGGUACCUGAGACACAGCAGUCGCCCAGUGUAGUGAGCUAUUGUCAUAAGCCUCAAGUCACAUAUGGACGAAGUGAGAGCCAAAGGCCCUUGCUUGCGCUCAUGCAUCUAGUAAGUGGAGAAUCCAGAGUCCGAUUCCCAGCCCCACAAACUGCUAGGCAACCCCACCUCCCAAACACAAGAGUGUUGAUGUGUUUGACAGAAAAAACACAUGAGGCAAAGCUGAGUUGUGUGAAAUUCUCCAACCUGAGGAAGUCAGGGAAGACUUUGUCGAGGAUGUAAACUUAGAGCAAAGUGAAAAAAGAAGUAAGAAGGGCAUUCUAGGUGGAGGAGAUGGCACAAAGGUCUGAGGUAGGAAGGAAGACAGGAGAUACAGGACACUUACAUGAGCACAUGAACUUCAUACAAAUGGGAUCCUACAGCAUGUCCUCUGGGCACAUCCACAAUGUCCCUUCAUAUCCUUUCUGCCAUAUGAUCUUCCCAACAACCCAGUGAGGCGAGCAAAGGAGUGAGUGCAUGUUGCAAUGGUCUGAAUGGUUGUGUCACCUCAAACACAGUAUUUUGAAACCUUAUCACCAAGGUGAUGGUGCUAGGGCUGGGGCUUUUAGGAGGUGGUUAGAUCAUGAGGGUAGAGCCCUCAUAAGUGAGUCUCUUAUAAAAGAGACCCUAGAAAGCUGCCUUGCCCUCCCACCAAGUGAGCACACAGCUAACGGUGCCAUCUAUAAGCCAGAAAGCAGGUCCUCACCAGACAUCAAAUCUGCUGGUGCCUUAUUUGUGGACUUCCCAGCCUCCAGAAGUGUCAGAAAUAAAUUUCUGCUGUUUAUAA